AUGUCUUGGUUUAAAUACAACUAUGCUUUGGUUCGACAAAUUCCCAAUAGUUUGGAAACUGAAGCAGUGAGAAUGAAUAAUUCUGAAGCAGUUGAUUUUAAACAGGCUAGACAAGAAUAUCAGAAUUAUAAAACAGUUUUAGAAAAAUGUGGAGUGAAGCCUGUUGAAGUUGAGAAGGAUGAACAGUUUCCUGAUUGUGUUUUUGUGGAAGAUGCAGCUGUAGUUAUUGGUGACAAAGCUUUCAUGACACGACAAGGUCAUCCUUCACGUAGAGGAGAGGUAAUAUUGAUGCCUGACAAUGUAUUAAAGAAUAAGUUAGAUUUAAAUAUUGUUGAUAUGUGUAAUGAUAAGGAUGAUAGUACUAUAGAUGGUGGAGAUGUAUUAUUUACUGGCAAGGAGAUAUUAGUAGGAUUGAGUAAAAGAACUAAUGCAGGCGGCAUCAAGAAAAUAGCAGACACUUUUCCAGAUUAUCCUGUGACCAGUAUACCAGUUCAUAGCUCAGUAUUACAUUUAAAAUCUAUAGCUACUAUGUUUGGAGAAGAUAUUAUGGCUGUUGGUGGUAGUCUUGCUGCUAAAUCCAUGUUCCAGUCAAUAAAAGAAAAAGCCAAAUUUAAAUAUCAGUAUAUAGAAUUGAUGAAUGACCAAUCUUCCAAUGGAUUAUUUAUAAACGGUAUUUUGGUACAUAAAACACAGGCAGAAAUUGGGGAUAGAGAUUAUCAGACUAUAGUAUCCAGUAUAAAAGGUAAAAGGUUAGAGACCUGUUUGAAAGAGUUAUAUAAAGUAGAUGGAUGUUUAACAUGCUGUUCUUUAUUGAUAAACAAUGAGAAAAUAUCAUCUUAA